AUGCUCCCGGAUCGAGCGGCUCUGAGCACGCACCUUUCAGCCGCGUGCUGGGUGCUGAUGCUUCGCCGCACUUUGUGCAGCAAUCCUUCUACGUGGGACGGCACUGGUUUGCCCCGGCACUGGAGCAGAAGACGCACUGGGUCGGCCACAGUGGCGCCGCUGCAGUCCUACAGGGCGUGGCCGGCAAGCCGGCACGCCUGCUCGUGCAGCCCGGGGCCACAGUGGGUCGAGUCGGCGAGCUUGUGCGUCGCGCUCAAGUUUUUCUCAGACCAGAUCAUGCCAGCAGCGGACGGGCUCCACCCGAACCCCUACAUGUGUGAGCCGGGAAGCAUGCUAUCUGCAUUGUGGCGCCAAUGCUGGGAGGACCUUUUCCCAGAUGGUGGUGGCGGAGGUUUCUGGAAAGGAGGACGCCGAGGGAUGCCAUAUGGCGUGGGUCGGUUGGACGUGGCCAUCAUCGGGGAAAACGGCGCCAAGGCAGCGGCUGCUACGCUGAAGCUCGUCCUCGCAGCGGAUGCAGCGCAGCAAGCCGUUUGCGCAAGCAGCGACCAGAAGGUCUUCUACACGAGAGAGACCUUCAUGCCCACGAAGGCGGGCAGGGAAGCCAUGAUCGCUUACAUGGAAGAGAUGCGCACCAUGUACGAGAACAUCGCUGCAGGACCGCUUCUGAAUGCUGAGGGGCAAGUCGAGGUGCUGAAGAAGGUUGGUGUCAAAAAGCCAACAUUUCGCUGCAUGACUGGCGCUUGUGUUUCGGGGAUUAAGGACGUCUGCUCUGCCAGGUAA